AUGCUAUGUUGUGUUUUAAGCGAUUACUGUAACCACGAGCUAAUCGGCCGGACGUCCGCCCAAUUGAGUGCCUCAUCACAAGUCAGCGCCGAUAAGGCGCCCAAAUAUGCUAUACUUCACGGCAAGUAUACCCCCGACGACCACUUUCUCUUCACACCCCUGUAUAUAGUGUACCCCGACUUUAAGGGGUCCGUCUGGACGGCGGCUCAAAAUGACUUUUCCCAGUACUUGCAAAUCGAUUUGGGAAAGCAAUACAACAUCUCUGCCAUCGGCUCUCAGGGCAGACAACACACCAAAGAAUUCGUUCAAGAAUUCAAAUUAGAGACCGGAAUCGAUGGACACGACUUCUCUGUCUAUCGGGACAGAAAUGGCAACAUUAAGGUUAAUAUACGACUCGCACCGGGAGGUCCGGUCGGUCCGUCCUGUUGGACAGCAGAAAGGGGUGACUUUUUGCAACACUUGACCAUUGAUUUGGGAUCAGUGUAUAACUUGACGGCAGUGGCCACUCAGGGCAGAGCAUUCACUAAUGAAUACGUUAGUCAAUACUAUCUGUUGCUCAGCGAUGGCGGAGACUUCUGGAGAAUGGCUUACUCUGACUCUGAAGGCUAUGAGCAGGCAUUCACUUCUUUUACUAUUCUAUUCAAAGGCAACUCCGACGGCAAUAACGUAGUCAUCAACCGAUUUGAUCCGCCAAUCAUUGCUCAAUACAUACGAAUCAAUCCGACGCGUUGGAGGGAUAGGAUCUCUAUGCGGAUCCAACUCUACGGCUGCGACUAUCAUGCCAUUCCUCUGCAUUUUGACGGCCAGUCACUGAUUCUAAUGGAUCUGAAGAAGCGUCCGAUCGACUCGUCAUUCGACGACGUGUUUCGGUUUCGGUUCCGUACGAACGACGCGAACGGCAAUAUUCUCUACAGUCGGGGAACUCAGGGAGACUUUAUGGCCCUCCAGUUGGUCAACAAUAAGAUGGUCUUCUCAUUGGAUUUGGGCGGCGGAGGCCUUAUUGAGUCCAUUUCUGCCGGGAGUCUACUCGACGACAAUCUAUGGCACGACGUGUUGAUCUCGCGAAGAGGUCGCGACGUACUGUUCAGCGUUGACCGCGUGUUAGUCCGACAU